CCCGGUUGAAGCGUCUCUGAGCCUGCGGGAGGAGAACUGCAAUCCGGGCGAGUAAAGAACUCUCAGACACACCAGUUAAACCAGUACCCGGGUGUGUGUGCAACCAGACCCGGACUAAGCCGAGCUCAGACCGCCGCCGCGCACAACGAGCACCGCGACAUGUUGGAGAUGGUUUUCAGUGAUCCUUCCUGUGUCUAACUGAUCCCAGAGCAGCUCUGUGGUGGAUAAUCUGCUCUAAUCUGUUAAUCUGCCCGCCCCCCUCGUCCUUGCUCAGAUCGGUCUUUCUUCAGUCUGUUCGACCCUGCAGGAAUGAGAGCUGCAGCUCCGGGAGAAUUCCUGGUGCUGCCGUGGCCCGAGGGCGGCGGCAGCGCCGCCGCCUUGGACCCGGAGCCGGAGUCGGGCGAGGAGGGCCGGGGGUGGCUGCUGCUGAGAUGUGGAGCUCUGCUGGGACUCACUCUGUUCUGUGUGGCGAUGUUGAGGAGGUGGAUUGCAGGCGGAGUGUGUCGUUGUUCAGUUCGUCUGGAUGGAAAGACGGUUUUGAUCACCGGAGCAAACACCGGCAUCGGCAAAGAGACGAGUAGAGAGCUGGCACGCAGAGGGGCUCGGGUGGUGAUGGCGUGCAGGGACCUGACCCGGGCAGAGCAGGCGGCGGAGGAGAUCCGGCGGACGACAGGGAACGGUAACGUGGUGAUCAGACACCUCGACCUCGCCUCCGUUUACUCUGUCAGACAGUUCGCUAAAGACUUCCUGGACAGUGAAGACAGACUAGACAUCCUCAUCAACAAUGCAGGAGUGAUGAUGUGUCCAAAAUGGCUGACAGAAGACGGGUUUGAGACUCAGCUGGCUGUCAAUCAUCUGGGUCACUUCCUGCUGACCAACCUGCUGCUGCCAAAGCUGAAGAGCUCCGCACCCAGCCGAGUGGUCAACGUGUCGUCCAUCGCCCACCGGGGGGGUCGUAUUGACUUUGACGACCUGUUCUUCAGCAGAAAGCCGUACAGUUCUCUGGAGAGCUACCGACAGAGCAAACUGGCCAACGUCCUGUUCUCCAGAGAACUCGCUCGACGACUCAAAGGUUCUGGAGUGUCGUCGUUCUGUCUCCAUCCGGGUGUGAUCCGAACCGAGCUGGGUCGUCAUGUUCAGGGCUGGUUCCCACUGCUGGGGGCGUUGCUGAGCCUCCCCUCCCUGCUGCUCAUGAAGACUCCCAGCCAGGGCUGCCAGACCACCGUUUACUGUGCCGUGACGCCGGGUCUGGAGGGACGAACAGGACGAUACUUUAGUGACUGCGCAGAGAAGGAGGCAGCUCCGGAGGGACAGGAUGACGUGGUGGCGAGGAAGCUGUGGGAGGAGAGCGCCCGAUUGGUUGGAGUAAAGGACACGUAAUGACCUCUGACCCUGAUGUCUGUGCACAGCGGGGAAAGAGGAAGUGAAAGAUCUACAGACUGCAGUGCCCCCAUUAGGUCAGACAGAAGACGAGGUGACAGCGAGCAUAAAUAAAAUGCUCACUGUGAUUGACAGCUGAUGUGACCUGAAUUCAGGAGGGAGCAAUAACAGUAAUAUUAAAACAAAUAAUCAAUACAGCUUUAUUUCUUUGUGUUAGUAAAUCAAAAUUAGUUAGGCGUUUUAUAAACUUUGUAGGUCAUAGAAUUAUUACUAUUAGGCAAAACAAAAAUCACAAGUUGAAGAUAUUUUUGAGAAUUUAUAUUUUUUGUCAAUUUAAUUUCUUUUAAAACAUGGACAUAAAACUUUAACUUUAACACUUAAGGAAAAUAGAAACUCACAGUGAUGUUCUUUCGUCUUUUUUUAAGUGAAUAUGAUUUUAAAAAAUAUAUUGUGUUUGUUGGAGAAGAAGUGUUUGCAUGAACUGGACUAAGAACAUGGUGCCUGAUUGGAGAGUGUUUUACUGUGACCUUUGACCUGUAUGGAUGUAAGCUUGGAUUAAUACAGCUUUCUCAAAAUCAAUUUCAAACACCAACACGUUUCCUUUGUGUUAUCUUAGUUUUUCAUUUCUGUUCCUUUCAUGUUCCCUUCGCUUUCCCUUUAUUUUCCCUCCAUGUUUCCUUGAUGUUACUUUAGGAAAAACGAAAUAAGUGGAUCUUGAGAUGAGAUUUUUUCUUUGUCAAACUUUCGGUCUUUAAAUGCUAUUUGUUGACAGACAGUUAAAUAA